UAAUCAAAGUAAAUUGAUUAGGAAAUGUUUGUACAACGAAAAGUAGUUGUGAAGCGGGAAGGAAACAGGAAAUGUUAAGAAAUAAUUGAUUGUUAUUUUGCGGGGCGGGAAAUUAACACUUUUUAAAGAUAUCCGACCAAGGCAGGGGGAAUUACAGAACUGAACUUUUGGUUGCGGGCGGAGUGACAAACGUAAUGGGUGGCAGUCUGGCCGAACUGCAGAUCGUAUUAGCCAACAAUAGAGAAGAGGGACCCCAACAGACAAUAGCGAGAAUUGUUGCCAAACACCACAACCACAACAGCAAACACAGGAAGCAGCAGCUGGAAGUGCUCGAGUUCGAGUGGACAAUGCACGAGAAACUGCUGGAGGAGACACGCAAAGACACAAAGACUGACAAAGUGCAGCUCCUGGGACACGCCAAGGAGAAGCCCAAAGAGAAGCCGCCACACAAGCAAUCGAAACUCGCCGAGCGACUGCGUCGAUCCUUUCGCCAUCGCGAGCGCAGUCCGCUGGAGUUGAAGCGCGAGGACAGCCAAGACAAUAAGAAACGACCAGCUGUGGUCGUCGCCAGUCAGGUGCAGUUGCCUGGCCUGGGAUUGGGAUUGGGAGGAGUUGGAGGUGGAGGACACAUUAAUACGGCGUUGCUGCUCGACAGUCCCGACGAGUGCACGCCGCCCGAGUUUGCCUACGAGCAUCUGAGCAGCGUUGCCACCAACACGAACUCGAGCAGCUCGCUCGAGAGCAGCAGCUGCUACGAUCUCGGGUCGCAGUCGAACAUCUAUUAUUGGUCCUGUCAGCAGAGCUUCGAGAUGGGCGGCGAGCUGAGCAGCGAGCUGCCCGAGCAGCUGCUCAAGCGACGCAACGAAGCGCCCGCUAACUCUGCCACACUGACUCAAAGCAGUAUUCCAACAGCAGCAGCAGCCCCAACAGUUGCUGCAGCUUCCUCCACAUCAGCAGCAGCAGCUGCUGCUCCUGCGACAGCCAGUCGCAGCUGCAGCUUGACCAGCGAGAGCAGCUCGGUGCGCAUCACGCGGCUGCAGAACUUUCUGUUCAAGAGCAGCAACGAGAGCACACGCAGCUUUCAGGGACACUCGAACGAUGGCUUCACUGCCUCGUCGUACAACUCCUCGUCGGGGGAAUGGGAACAACUCGGCACGCAUGUUGUUUCGCACGAUUUGAACACUUCUUCGUUUCCCGAGGAGACGGCCAACUAUGACACAGAUGUGGAUGGCACGCUGCCCGUGGAGAGCAGCGAUGCUGGAGCAUAUUAUCAGUACACGCUGACGUCGCCCAACAAUCCGUUUCUGCCCGAGAUUACAGCACGCACCUAUCACAGCACCUACGAGCAGGAUGAUCUCCAAGAGCAGCCCGAGGAACUGCAGCGUUCCGCUCAAAUGCCGACGCCCAGCUAUAGUCGAGCCGGCUCACAGGAGUCCACGUACAGCGAGGCAGGACCACAAGGACCCACGCCCAGUCCGGCGUCGAGUUCGUCGUCAACGCCUGGGCGACACAGGCGCAAGCUCUUCAGCUUGAACUCGCCCACGCGGCUGCUGCAGCACAAGGAGCACAAUUCAGCAGGACAACAGCAAACACAUUCCCAUCAACAUCCUCUUCAUCAUCAUCAACAGCAACAGCAUCAGCUGCAUUCGCAACAACGUGUUGCGAUGUCCAGUUCACCCACGACGGACAGUCUCAGCUCCACGGUGCUGGUGCACACUCUGAAUCCAUUUCUGCCCACGGCCACUUCGCCCAUCGCCGUGCCCGCAGAUCUGAGGACCAAACGUGAUGAGUUUCUACGUGCUACCAUGAAAAUCUGUCUAGUUGUCUCGCCACCCACGAGCAAACUUCAAGUAAGUAGUUGCCUGCAGUUCCCAUCUGUGUUACACUAAGAGAAAAAGUGAUCUGCAUUCUGGAAUGCAUUUGAAAGUCAAGUU